UUUCAUUACACUUGGAACCUCGUAAAGGAAGAGCGAAUUAAACCCUAAACACUCAUACUCUACUACCCAACCGCCCAACAGUGGAGAUCCACGCUGCUAGGAGUAUAAAUUUCUUAUUGUUUUUUUUAUUAUAUAUUGUACACUUCUCCAGUAGGGGUUUUCGUGGUUUAUCUACGUGAGGACAGAGAGAUUUUGCAGAGGCUGGAGUGAGAUUCAUGAUUUUUCUUUUUUUUGGUGAGAGAACAAAGAGAUAUUGCUAAAACUGAAGGAAAGACUAAAUGGGUUUUUUCAAGAAGACAAUAAAUAAGAAGAUAAAAAUGGGGAAAGAAACAAAGGAUUCAACAGACGCUCAAAUCAGAAAGAAGAAAAAUAUUAGAAAAAAACCAGAGGGUUUGAUAGGCCCCAGUUCGCUAUGGAGGUCAAGUGUAGACGAUCCUUUCAGUGUUUUACUUGGAAGUACAGAAGGAGGUUUUUUAUCCUUGGAAGAAAUAGAUGAAGAUUUAUACAAUUUGGGUCAAAAAGACACUCCUCAGCCUGAGAAAACUGGUUCUUCAUUAAAGAAGCGGAAACGUGUAACGGAAAAAGUUGACGAGAGGAGUGAGUCAUUACUCUCUCAGAAAGAUGACUCGAUGCAAGGGUUGGCAUCAAAGUCUGCAAAGAAGAAGAAGAAGAAGAAGAAGAAGAAGAAGAAGAUGAAGAAUAAGAAAAAGAAGAAAGACACAAUAGAAAGCAAAAGUGAGAAGGUACAUCUUUCAGAGGAAGACCGUGAUGUAGAUAAUGCUAAUACAGGCAUAUCAGGAGUGCCAGAUGAUAUAAAUGCAAAAGAUUGUGAAGGUGAUUUGUCAUUUGAUGUGGAGGAAUUUUCAGCAUGGAAUGAAUUGAGACUCCAUCCUUUGCUCAAAAGAGCAAUCUGGGCAUUGCAAUUCAAGGAGCCUACGCCCAUACAGAAACUUUGCAUACCAGCAGCUGCUCAUCAGGGAAAGGAUGUGAUAGGUGCAGCUGAAACCGGAUCAGGAAAAACCCUUGCCUUUGGACUGCCAAUUUUGCAGCGCCUUUUGGAAGAGCAAGAGAAAGCAGCACGCAAGGAAGGUUUUGCAAUUAAUGGACAAACAUUCACAGGAGAAGAGAGGGGAGCUCCUCUCAGAGCUCUUAUUGUGACCCCAACCAGAGAACUUGCAUUGCAGGUCUGUGAUCAUCUUAGAGCAGCUGCCAAGUUCACUAACAUAAGGGUGGUGCCUAUUGUGGGUGGAUUAGCUCCUCAAAAGCAAGAGCGUCUUUUAAAGAAAAGACCACACAUUAUUGUGGGGACUCCAGGGCGAUUAUGGGAACUUAUGGCUGGUGGGGAAAGACACCUAGUUGAGCUACAGUCUCUUUCUUUCUUUGUCCUCGAUGAGGCUGACCGGAUGAUAGAGAAAGGCCACUUUCAUGAGCUUCAAUCCAUAAUUGACAUGCUUCCACAAGUCUCAGAUCAUUCUGUAGAACCUCGGAGCUCAGACGGGGCACAACCUCUGGAAAAUGCUUCAGGAGAUGAGGUGAAACAGAGUUUCAAAAGAAAAAGAAGGCAGACAUUUGUGUUUUCAGCCACUAUAGCGCUUACUUCUGGCUUUCGAAAGAAGCUUUCAAAGGGAGGCCUGCAUAAAAUAAAGCCAGGUACUAUGGAUGAAAAUGACUCCCUUGCGGCACUUUCUGAGAGAGCAGGUGUGAGGCAAAAUGCAGCUGUUGUUGAUUUAACAUCAUCAAGCAUUAUGGCACAUAAUCUGGAAGAGUCAGUAAUAGAGUGUAGAGAAGAAGACAAAGAUGUGUAUUUGUAUUAUAUUCUGAAGGUUCAUGGGUGUGGACGUACCAUUGUCUUCUGCACUUCAAUUGCAGCAUUGCGACGUAUAUCUGCACUAUUACGAAUCCUAAAUGUUACUGCGUGGCCUCUUCAUGCACAAAUGCAGCAGAGAGCUCGUUUGAAGGCCAUGGAUCGUUUCAAGGAAAAUGAGAACUGUGUUCUUGUGGCGACUGAUGUUGCAGCAAGAGGUCUUGAUAUUCCUGGUGUUAGAACAGUCAUUCACUAUCAACUACCACAUUCUGCAGAGGUCUAUGUUCAUAGGAGUGGGAGGACAGCCAGGGCUGCUACUGAUGGAUGCAGUAUUGCACUUAUUGCUCCUAAUGAAAGAUCAAAAUAUAUUGCCCUUUGCCGUUCUUUUUCAAAGGAUGGGCUUCAAGUGUUUCCUGUAAAUAGCUUAUACAUGCCAGAAGUUGAAAAGCGCUUGUCUAUUGCUCGACAAAUAGAUCGCAUUUUGCGUAAGCAUUCUCAGAGCAAAGCACAAAACAAUUGGUAUAUCCGAAAUGCUGAAGCCUUAGAGAUAGACAUAGAGAAUAAUGAGAAAGACAAGGAGGAACCUAGAAUUUCCAAGUCUACAAAAGCCGAGUUAUUUCAAGCAAAGCAACUACAGAAGGAGUUAGAUCAACUUCUAACAUGCCCACUCCAACCAAGGUCAUUAUCCCGUCGAUUUGUCACAGGGGCUGGUAUGUCCACACUUCUUCAGCAACAGUUGCAGGAAUUGACUUCAAAUAAAGCACCUUCUAACUAUAAAAUGUCAAAUGGAAGCAAGAAGCAUAGGCUUCUUGUUAUUGGUGAGGAGGCAAUCGAACCUCUUAUGGCACUUAGAAAUUCAAAGAAUGUGAUAUGAAUCAGAAAUUUGAUUGAUUCAUUUUUAACAAAUUUUAAAAAAUAUAUAUCACUCAUAUAUAUAAGAUGCAGGGUUAUUGUAGUUUCAGCAAAAUAGCUUCAAAAUUAGCAAUGCAGAAAUUUGUUGAGCAUUGCAUUUAAUUGAUUACUUUCCAAAAGCAUAAUUUGUAUUCUCUCAGAUGUCCAGUAAAGCUUCCUAGAAGUGAUAAUUUUAUCACCUUUAUAAGAGUGGGAUGUUAUCUCAAGAAACUACAUGCUGUUUUUUCUGUAUUAUAGAUAUAAAUCAAAUUAUUGUGGCUUUUUGCUUCA